CAUAAGGUGGUAUAAAUACUAACAGCAACUAGUCAACAUUCUAAUAAACAAAAUGAAAUUAUUGGUGCUGACCAUUGCGUGCUUGCCUCUGGUUUGGACAGUUCCAGCAGAAUCUUACACGAAUUCAAAAACAAAAUCUCUUGGUGAAGAAAAUCAAGGUGAUCGUAUUAUUGGUGGACUCCAAGCAAGAGCAGGUCAAUUUCCUUUUGCUGUCGCUAUUCGUGUUGCAACUACUGACAGUUCUAUAUUUUGUGGAGGAGCUUUAAUCAGUACUCGAUGGGUUCUAACAGCUGCCCAUUGCAUACAAAAUGCCACGAUUCUUAAUAUUACCGUAGGAUCAAUUUAUUUAACAGAAGAGGACAGCAAUCGCUUAAUUUUGAGUACUUCCAACUAUGUUCUUCAUCCCGACUUUAACACAACUACGUUCGAAAACGAUAUUGCCUUGAUUGAAUUCCGACAGGACAUUGAGUACACUGAAUAUAUUGAUAAAAUUCAUCUACCUAUAGUUGCAUAUGGGGCUGAUAAAAGUGUUACUGCAAUUGGAUGGGGACAAACUAGUGACAGUCAGGCAGGUCCUGAGGAUCGUCUGAAUUACGUGGAAAUGAUAACUCUGUCAAAUGAAGAAUGUAAGAUUUACUAUGGAUCGCAGAUAACUGAUAGUAUGAUAUGUGUGGCUGGACAGAAUAUUGAAGGUAUCUGCACAGGAGACAGUGGCAGCCCCUUAGUUUAUUUUUUGGACUCUCGUCAUCCGAUUGUCAUUGGGAUUGCAACGUUUCAUAGUGGUGUUAGUUGUGAAGGCAUUGAGCCUUCAGGGUACACAAGAACGUUUCCUUAUAUAGACUGGAUAUUUAGUGUGACAGGAGGUGUAGAUAAUAAUCGAAUGUUAUAGGAAUUCCAUCAUUUUUUUUUUGUGAUUGAUUUUAGAUAUUUUGUUAAUUGAGAUUUUUGACUGAUCUUUUGUACAUAUUUAAUUUAUACAUAAAUAAAUAAAAAUAAUUUUAAACUC